AUGGAUCAACUUCGGAGUAACUUUAUGCGUGUGUCUUUCUUUGAGAAGGACCAGACCAUUACCACUAUUCGUCACAUCAACGGAGCAGCGUUUACACGCACGAUGACGACUGCUGACCGAUUUGCUUCGGAAUGGCAGCCUAUACUGGGAGUCGUGCACCAUCGACUACAGCGGCCGCAACUGGAGGCUGCUUUUGAUGCAUUUGUUCAGGUUCCUGCCAGUCGCUGUCUCUCGGCAUUCGACAAUGGCAUGCUUAUAUGGGUUAUUAGCUUGACUGAAGUGAUAACUGCCAUUAAGGGCCUAAACCGGCACAAAGCAGCGGGGAUGGAUGGACUUAAUAACGAUUUUUUUCAAGGACUUUCAGGCGGUCAUGGCUCCUGCUAUGGUGGCCAUUGGUAA